AUGGGCGUUGUGAGCGGAGAUUCUCAUCUUAUCAAGGGCAAAGAAGUGAACCAACAGAGCAAAAAGCGGGCCCCGGGAAUCCAAGGGUUGGUCGCCUUAAUAUGUACCGGAAACACGUGCCUGCAGUAUACCCAUACUUUUAUAAAAGCUGUUGUGACCGUCGCAAUAAUGAAACUAGCCAUCUUUCUGUCCGUUGUGUUAACCUUUUUCGUUGAGGUUAAAAAUGCCGCUCCCCUUGAUUCACUCCGACCGACGAUCAACCUUGAUUAUGCUCAGUAUCAAGGACUGAGACUUCCGGCUGGAGUAGAUCAAUAUCUAGGCAUGCGAUAUGCAGCGCCGCCACUAGCAGAGCUUCGUUUCCGGGCUCCUCAAGAACCUGCUCGCACGUCUUCCGUCCAGGAUGCUUCAGCGUUUGGCCCAGUAUGUGUUGGUACAGGCCAGAAUGUAACUGAGAAAACAACCGAGGAUUGUCUCUUCAUCAAUGUCUUCACUCCUUCCAGUGCCACACAAGGUUCCAAACUCCCUGUUUGGGUGUAUAUUCAGGGUGGCGCAUAUGCGACGAAUUCGAAUGCAAACUACAACGGUACCCAGGUGAUAGAGGAAUCCGGACAUGAAAUUAUACUGGUCAACUUUAACUAUCGUGUGGGAGCAUUGGGCUUUCUAGCUGGUCAAAAAGUCCAGCAAGAUGGUGACCUCAAUGUCGGCUUGCUUGAUCAGCGCAAAGCCCUACAAUGGGUAAAGAAGUACAUUCACCUGUUUGGCGGUGAUCCAAACCAUGUCGUCAUUCAUGGUGCGUCGGCCGGUGCAGGCUCGGUGGCCUACCAUCUUGCAGCAUACGGGGGUCGCAAUGAUGGCCUUUUCGUAGGAGCAGUGGCUGGAAGUCCAUUCUGGCCUGCCCAACGGAAUAGCUCCGAGUCCGAGGCACAGUUCAAUCAAUUUAUAGAGGCUGUCGGAUGCUCGACAAUUUCAUGUUUGCGAUCAGCCAACAUCACCGCCAUUCAGAAAGCACAGGCUACUUCAAUAGAUCCAACAGAUCCCACACGUACAACGCCCUCUUCUUGGGAGUUCGGCCCAGUUGUUGACGGGGCUUUCAUCCAAGACCGUCUAUAUCCUCUCUUUGCACAGGGAAAAUUCAUCCGUGUUCCUUUGAUUAUCGGCGGAGACACAAACGAAGGCUCCGGCUUUGCCUACAAUGCCACGAGCCCGGCCGAUAUAUCCGAAUUUUUGACUAGCCUAUACCCCGGACUAAGCUCAAGCCAAUUGAAGUCGAUCAAUCGCGCUUAUCAGGGCAUGCAGCCCGUUCCGCUUCAUGCAGAAUACUUCCCUGCUGCCUCCGCCGCGUAUGGAGAUGCUGUCUUCACCUGUCCAGGCAUUCAUAUGAGCACUAAGAUGACAGAACUUUACGCAGUGGGUGGUGAAAAGGUUUGGAGUUAUCGAUAUAAUGUCCAGGAUCCAGAAAACCUUAGCAAGGGGUUGGGAGUCCCGCAUACCUUCGAGACAGAGGCUAUUUUCGGACCGGACUACGGCGGUGGACUUAGCAGCAGCAUUACCAAUAUCAAUGCCGGAAUUGUUCCUAUUGUCAUGAAUUAUUAUAUUAGCUUUGUGAAGUCGUUGGAUCCUAACAGUUUCAGAGCCGAGGGUGCACCUUACUGGAUGCCUUGGGGGUCGGGAGAGAGACUGAAGAUACAGACGAAUCAGACGGCGAUGGAGGUCAUUCCAGGAAUGCAAGCCGAUCGGUGCACACUGUGGGAAGCGUUGGCUCCUGUCAUGAAUGUUUAG